CAGACCUGACUCACUCAGUCCGUGCUCUGCCAUGUCUGUGUACAGCCCACUCUCUGCCUCGCUGUGGACUUUUAUCCUGUGCUCGGCUUUCAGCGUGUGGACUCUGGUUGGAGGUGAGGUUGUGGUGAUUGGUUCAAAUCUUCCAAUCAUCGCCGCUCCGGGUGAUGAUGUCAUCCUGCCGUGUCACCUGGAGCCCAGGUUCGAUGUCCAGGGUCUGACGGUGGAGUGGUCCAAACCCGACCUGAAGCCCGACCCGUCGGACCGGCUGAGCCGAGUGGAGUACGUUCACCUGUACAGGGACAGGCAGGAGGUCCCCGACAUGAAGAUGGCCUCGUACUUCAGGAGGACGGAGCUGUUCAUGGACGCCAUGAAACACGGGAACAUUUCACUGAAGAUCCUGAACGUGUCGGAGGAAGACAACGGCAGAUACAGAUGCUUCAUCCCCAAGCUGAGGAGCAGAGUGAAAGCUGCUGUUGUUGAACUUGUAGUCGAUCCAAAUUUUUCUGAAACCUCGACGAUAGAGAUGCUGCUGCUUCCUAGAAACCUCCAAACUCAUGAUCCUCAAGAUGUGACUCAGAGAAAUGUAGGUCGGUCCAGGGUCUUUGUGGGCAUCGCUUUCAUGGCCUUAAUAUCAGUUGCUGCUUUUGCGGCAUAUUUUUCCCUUCGCCUUGUUCAGAAACAAAAAAAACAUCGAGAGGAUGAAGGGACCCAAAACCAGCUAUGACAGUCUAGAUGUAUUGCUUAAAAGAAGUUGAUGAUAAUAGUUCAUGAAGCAUUAAAGUUAAUCUUCACAGCAGACUCUCAACUCACCAUCCUCUUUUGUCCCUCCCAGGUCAUCAUCCUCACCACCUCAGCCUCAUACUCAAGCCUCUUGGCUUGACAGUCGCCCUCCUUUGCUUGAAGCUCUGGUUUGUCGCCGCACCCACCAGUCACUUGCC